UCGAUUAUCUCAUUUUCGAUUCCUUCUUCUUCUCUCACUACUUUUCACGCAAAAACGCACGUUUCUCUCUCUAGAUUUUCUCUGUCUUCUGUGAAGAAAAGAAAGAAAGAAGGGGAAGGAAGAAGAAACAGUAGGUUUGUCAUUUGCAUGGAUUCUCACCGUUUUUAUAUGAUAUCAUUUGUAAACAAUCAAGCAUUUCGUGAAUUCUUCGGACCUGCUUCUCGUGUUUAUAUGUGAUGGUAGUUGAUGAGUGAUAAUUCCCCCCAACAUUUGGGUUUUUUUUUUUAAAUUUGUUUUCUCUGCGUGCUAUGCUAUGGUAGGUUAGGUUAGGUUAGGAAUUAGGAGGAUUGAGUCAUCUGUUGUUGAAAAUGGUGCUGGGUCCUGAUGCUGUUAAGGAUGAUCUUUGGGAAGUUCAGAAAUCGAAGAAUAACGAAAAGAAGAAGAAUGAAAACAAGGGAUCAGUGUUGGGUUGUUGGAUUAAAGUCAGACUAUUUGAGCGAUGUCUGCCAUCGAAGGGGAAAGUUGAUGGCUCCAACAGCAGUAGCAUUGUCCAAUCUGUCGGAGAGAGUAAAUCUACAAACGAUACAAGUAUUGACCAACAACCGGUAGCUCCAGUUGUAUCCUCUUCCACCUCAAGCAAUGCAGAAAGUAUCCCAUCAACGUCUAAUGUUCACGAUGGAUUGAACAUCUCCUCCCACCUUAGGAGAUUCUGUUUCAACGAGCUUAAGUCAGCAACAAGGAAUUUCAGACCUGAGAGUCUUCUUGGCGAGGGUGGAUUUGGCUGUGUUUUCAAGGGUUGGAUUAAUGAGACUGGAACAACUCCUGUGAGACCAGGAGCUGGGAUCACUGUUGCUGUUAAAACCCUGAAUCAUGACGGGCUUCAGGGUCAUAAGGAGUGGCUUGCUGAAGUGAAUUAUCUGGGUGACCUUCUCCAUCCUAACUUGGUUAAGUUAAUUGGGUAUUGUAUAGAGGAUGAUCAACGGAUGCUUGUCUAUGAAUUUAUGCCUCGAGGAAGCUUGGAGAACCACCUCUUCAGAAGAUCUCUUCCUCUUCCUUGGUCAAUCAGAAUGAAAAUUGCUCUGGGAGCUGCACAAGGUCUUUCCUUUCUUCAUGAAGAAGCUGAAAAACCAGUUAUAUAUCGGGAUUUUAAGACCUCCAACAUUCUUCUAGAUGCAGACUACAAUUCAAAGCUUUCUGAUUUCGGACUCGCCAAAGAUGGCCCAGAAGGUGAUAAAACACAUGUCUCUACUCGAGUAAUGGGAACCUAUGGUUAUGCAGCUCCAGAAUAUGUUAUGACAGGACAUUUGACAUCAAAGAGUGAUGUCUACAGCUUCGGAGUGGUUCUUCUAGAAAUGUUGACUGGACGAAGAUCCAUGGAUAAAUCCCGUCCAAAUGGAGAACACAAUCUGGUAGAAUGGGCAAGGCCCUAUCUCGGAGAACGGCGAAGAUUCUACAGGCUAAUAGAUCCACGACUGGAAGGUCGUUUCUCGAUCAAAGGAGCCCAAAAAGCAGCUCAACUAGCUUCCCAAUGCCUUAACCGCGAUUCAAAAGCUAGACCAUUGAUGAGCGAAGUAGUUGAGGCCCUUAAGCCAUUACCAAACAUGAGGGACAUGGCUUCAUCUUCGUCAUCCUUUCAGUCAAUGCAGAUGGAUCGAACCAAAUCGAGAAAUGGAAGCAACAAAAUGACGCCAACGAGGAAUGGGCAGCCAAACAGGAGCCCGUCGUUGGCAAAUGGCUUACAGGCAUCACCAUUUCAUAAUAAUAAUCAGUCACCGAUGGCGACUACUCCGAACACCAGACGUGGUAAAAAUUGAUCUCGAUAGGUUUGGUCAGUAAUCUGGAGAUGUUUUUUAAUGUGAAGUUUGGAUAUUGUUGUCAUUUUUAAGUUAAAAAUUGUUACCCUCUUAUAAAUAGGACUCUUUUGUGGUACAUAGACUUUCCAAAGUUGAAAUAGAGAAGAAACUAAGCUGUGCAAAUGCUGCAGCCACAUAUUUAAACUCAUUAUAAACUCUCUCUUUUUUAGAA